AUGCAGCAAUCGAUCUACUUCGUCAGUCACACUCUGAAGGAUGCCAAGACCCGCUACCCCUUACUCGAAAAAGUUGCUUAUGCGGUGGUGGUAGCUGCUUGGAAGUUAAGACCCUAUUUUGAUUGCCAUCAGAUAGUGGUUUUGACUGAUCAGCCGCUGGAAAAGGUUCUCGGCAAAGUUAAGAAAUCUGGUAGGCUGGAAAAAUGGGCUUUCGAGCUCACAAAAUGGAUCCUCCACCGUGAAUGGUUCGGGGGCAGGGUGGUUAUAACCUCUCCUGAAGGCAAGUCCUUCGAGUAUACACUGAAAUUUUCAUUCAAAGCUUCGAACAACGAAGCCGAAUAUGAGGUGGCCAUUGCCGGCCUAGAAUUGUGCAUCUCGCUGGAAGCCGAACAUGUUUGUCUAAAAACAGAAUCUCAGCUAGUCGCAUAUCAGAUUGGUGGCAGUUACGAGGCCAAAGAGCCCUCGAUGAUACCAUACCUCGCCAAGAUCAAAUCAGUUUUUGCAAAGCUGAGAACUUUUGAAGUUCAGCUAAUCCCAAGGGGUCCGAAUGCACAAGCCGAUGCACUCUCUAAACUUGUUAGUUCAAAUCUCACCGAGACGAACCGGUCGGUUUACGUGGAAGUGCGCCGAGAAAGAAGUGUCAACGAAGCACCUGAAGUGUGCUGCGUUGACCAGGAACCAAGCUGGAUGGAUCCCAUCCUAGCUUUCAAGAUUCGGGGAGAAAUUCUCGAAGACAAAAUUUUGGCCUCCAAGUUGAAGCGAACCGGUCCAAGGUUCAUUGUCUUCAAGGGAGAGCUGCUGAAGAAAUCCUUCUCAGCCCCGUUGCUGAAGUGCGUGGGGCCGACAGAUGCAGAUUACAUCCUUCGGGAAAUUCACCUCGGCAUCUAUGGGAACCACAUUGGGGGAAGGACCCUAGCCCACAAAGCAUUAAGGGCAGGGUACUACUGGCUCACCAUGAUCUCAGACGCCAAGGAACUGGUCAGAAAAUGCGAAAAAUGUCAGAAAUUCGCACCAGUCAUCCAUCAGCCAGCCCAGGAGCUUCAGCCCGUGCUGAGUCCACUUCCAUUUGCCCAAUGGGGGUUGGAUAUCCUGAGCCCAUUUUCGGAUGCCGCAUACCAGAAAAAAUGGCUGAUAGUCGGUGUCGACUAUUUCAGUAAAUGGAUUGAGGCCGAAGCAGCCUCAAACAUUACGAAGCAAACUGUCAGGAAGUUUAUCUGGCAGAAUAUCAUCACUCGUUUCGGCAUCCCGAAAGUUUUUUUCUUUGAUCAUGGAAGACAAUUUGAUAAUCUGCCGCUGAAGCGGGUUUCCUUCGGCCCUUUCCGAAACCUUCGCCCUCAGAGCACCAGGUUUCGGAUUGCCGAUAAACUCGCCUUUUUAAAGAACUCUGGUCUUUCAGCUGGGGUGAAAACCUCAGUAAGACUUGUUCUAUAA